AUGUCAGGUGUUUUCAGAGGUAUUCAUACACUCAAGACCAACUGCUAUCGUUGGUUGAGAACUGAACCAGCAUUCUUUGUAUCUGUUGUCUUUUCUGUUAUUGCUAUGCCACCAGUUGCUCUUUGUUUACGUGAGAAGUUUUCAACAAGAAAGCCAAGAAAGGAUGUUAAUUAUAUGAUUGCCAACCCAGUCUAUUAA